CCCCUGCGAAGCCUCAACUUACAGAACUGGCUUCUUGAGCUCCGGGAGUGUUUCCCAUUUAAACAAACAGUGCCGAAGAUGGCGGAGAGUUAAUGGUGUAAAGAAGAAAUUAUCGAGCCCGGCGGACAGACAGCGGCGUCAAGACUCAAUUGACCAGCCCACGUAGGACCACACCCCCAGAGUGAAGAGGAAGAGGAAGAGGGAAUCGGAUCGUCCAUCAUCUCGGCCCCGUUACAAGGUGCUGAUAUGUGUACACGAUGAGCGGACUGGGGGAGAACUCCAUGGAGCCUCUGAGCUCAGAAAACCGGAAGCGCAAGCUCUCCACUUGCGACACGCCAGGUCUGGGGUGUGACAGGAAGCGUCGGGAGCAGGAGAGCAAAUACAUCGAGGAGCUGGCAGAGCUGAUCUCUGCCAACCUCAGCGACAUCGACAGUUUCAACGUCAAACCAGACAAAUGUGCCAUCCUCAAAGAGACGGUGCGCCAGAUCCGGCAGAUCAAAGAGCAGGGAAAAGCUUCGUCCAACGAUGACGACGUUCAGAAGUCAGACGUGUCCUCAACGGGUCAGGGGGUCAUCGACAAGGACCACCUGGGGCCGCUGCUGCUGCAGGCUCUGGACGGCUUCCUGUUCGUUGUGAACCGCGAGGGCAGCGUCGUGUUCGUGUCGGACAACGUGACGCAGUACCUGCAGUACAAACAGGAGGAGCUCAUCAACACCAGCGUGUACAACAUUCUCCAUGAGGACGACAGGGAGGAGUUCCACAAGAACCUGCCCAAGUCUAACAUAAAUGGGGUGUCGUGGGGAAGCGAGGCCGCCCGACAGAAGAGUCACACCUUCACUUGCCGGAUGCUGGUUAAGUUUGGCCACGUCCACGGCCCCAUGGAGGAGGGGCCAGCGGGGCCACGCUACGAGACCAUGCAGUGUUUCGCCCUCACCCAGCCCAAGGCCAUGAUUGAGGAGGGGGAAGACCUGCAGUCAUGUAUGAUCUGUGUCGCCCGACGGGUGUCAGCUAUGGAGAGAACGGAGAGUUUCAACACUCGGCAUGAGCUCUCAGGUAAACUGAUCCAGAUCGACCAGAACUCUCUGCGAGCGUCGAUGCGUCCGGGCUGGGAGGAUCUGUUGAGGCGCUGCAUUCAAAUGUUCCUGCAGCACAGCGACGGGCAGCCGUGGUCACACAAACGCCACUACCACGAGGCUUUUCUCCAGGGUCACGCCGAGACGCCCCUGUACCGCUUCUCUCUGUCCGACGGCACUCCGGUCACGGCCCAAACCAAGAGCAAGCUGUACCGCCAUCCCAUGAGCAACGAGCCGCAAGGCUUCAUCUCCACUCACCUGCUACAGAGAGAACCCAACGGUUACCGCUCAUCUCAGGGCGGGAGCAUGAUGCCGAACACCAUCAGACAACAGGGCAUGGGAGGCCCAAACCCGAAUGCCCAGAUGAACAUGAACCCCAGUGGGGGGAUGGGUGCCAUGAACAGGGGCUUUGGCAUGAACGAGCAGGGGCCACAUGGGUCAUAUGGGUCCAAUGGGUGGUGGUGGCUCUAUGUACGGAGGGAGCGGCGGAGGCGGCGGCAACCGCAUGAUGCAGAUGAAUCAGAUGGGGGCAGAUGAAUCAGAUGGGUCCCAUGAAUCACCCAGGCCAAGGCAUGCAGCAGCACCCACAGCAUCAUCCGCAGCAUCACCCGC